UAGUUAUGUACAUCAUGUUAUGAAAUAAUUUGAAAAUAAACUAUCUUUUCUUUUUAACUUUCUAACAACAUAUUUUUUAAUUUUUUAUUUUUAUUUUUAUUAUUACAAGUGCAAGUGGGUCGCAUCGAUGUUGCAACAGGCAUUAUGUGACUAAUAAUUUCUUAGACGCUCGUUCACAGAUAUAAUUAAAAAUGCUAUGCCUUUUAAUGUCGUGUGAAUACAUAAUAUUAAGUUUACCGUAAUUAGUCCUUGGUUGUAUUAAACAUAAUUUAUCAAUAUUUCUUAAUGACUAUUUUGUAUCUGAUUUUUGUGUAAAGGAUAGAUUUAAUUUGUUAAUAAUUUUGUACAUAAAAAUUGAGGUAUGGUAAACGUAUGUCUGGUUUAUAUUCAUAAAUUUGGUGCCUCUGUAUAGUUCAGUUAGAGUCAAUGAAUUGUAAUAGAAUAAUGUCUGUGCAUAAUUUGCAUUUUUUUUUUAACGAUUUGUAGGCACUGCAGUGCCCCAUAUUUCGAUUAGUAGUUAACCGUGAAUCAAGUAAGGUAUAUAGCAUAUUUUGUCUAUUACGUUUCUCUUUUCAGUAUGAAUCGACAAAACAACGAGAUUCGACGAGGCCGUAGCCGAAUCCCACAGCGUUUUCGUGACCACACCCCACAGCGAGAUCGUACGAGAACUCCACGGAGUAGUAGGAGUAAAGCGGUGUGGCGAAGCCGUAGCCGGACUCCAAGGCGAUAUUGCAGCCGGUCUCCAAGGCGAUGUAGCAGUCGAGACUCGUGUUACAGCCGUAAGUCAAGCUCAAGAUAUUAUUCUCGCGGCAGAUCAAACUGCCGUGGCCAAGGCGAUGUGUCACGGCGCAGACGCAGCAGGACUACGCCUCAACGCAGCCCCAGUCUACACUCGCGACGUGACGAGAUGCAACAAGAACAACGAACACGUAAUGGUGAACCACAGCAACGUGUCCAUGAGUCAUAUACAUCACAAACUGACCAUCAGGCCCUGUCAAAACCUACUGAAUUAGCUACUAUAUUUAAAGAGUUUAUGCAAACCAUGAAGCACACAGCGCGAGUGAGUGAACAAUUUCCAAGUAUGAACGUUGUACCAGAAUUCGAUCCGGUCAAACGCAAUCAAACCAUUGAAAUGUGGCUUUUAAAAGUCAAUGAAUGUGCGACGAUUUAUAACUGGUCUGAGCGACAAGUUAUACAUUAUGCGUUGCCCAAAUUAUCUGGAUUGGCUCAAAAGUGGUAUCAGGGGUUGCCAAGUCUCAUGUUUUCAUGGCCUGAAUGGCAAGAUAAGUUAAGAUUAGCUUUUCCUAGUGAAGACAAUUAUGCACAACUACUGACAGAAAUGCUCGCUUGCAGAGCGCGUUUUGGCGAACCUUUAGAGGAAUUUUUUUUUGAAAAAACUGUUCUUUUAAAUAGAUGCAAAAUAACUAACAAAAAUGCAAUUGAUUGUAUUUUGUUUGGGAUAGAGGAUCGAUCCAUUAGAACCAGUGCUGAAGCGGCACAAUUUUCUGAACCAGAUAAAUUAUUAGUUUAUCUAAGAAAUGUUAAAAUUGUAAAAAGAACUGAGAAGAAUAAUAACGCCUUGAAAUCAGGUGCUACUGACAAUAAGCGACAGAGAACAAAUAAGUUCAUUCAAAUGAGAUCAGAAUCUACAAACAAUUCAAAAUGUUAUAACUGUAGUGAAAUUGGUCAUCCAUAUUACAAGUGUAAGCAACCCAUUAAGCGAUGCAGUCAAUGCCAUAAAAUUGGACAUCUUGAAGCAAAUUGUCCUGUUAAGAAGGAAUCUAGCGAUGAUAAGACUGUUUUACGGAUAUCCCAGGAACGAGAUACAGAUCUAAAAUAUUUUAAAAAGGCCAAUGUUAAUGGCCGUGAACUAGAUUGUUUUGUUGACUUUGGUAGUCAAUGCACUAUAUUAACGGAGUCUGUGGCGAAAGAACUAGCUAUUAGUUGGUCAACACAGGACCUGCCUGUGUUGAGGGGUUUUGGUGAUUCUUUGGUUAACAGUUUGGGAAAAUGUAACGUUCAAAUUGAGGUAGAUUCAGCUAAGGCUAAUGUAGAUGUCCUUAUCGUUUCUGAUUAUCUAUUAAAGGUCCCAUUAUUAGGUACUUCGUUUACUUCAAAAAAAUUCGAAGAAUAUUUACGAUCUCUUGGUAUUAAACACAUCAAGAAUGCAGUAGCUACACCCCGUGCUAAUGGCCAGGUGGAACGAUAUAAUAGGACGCUGUUAGCUGCUCUUACUGCUAGCAACUAUGUUUUUAACAGAUCUAAGGAUGACUCUGAUAGUGAUACGGAUGAAAGUGAUGAUACACAACUUAACGCGCAUGAAACUCGAAAAAGUAAUGAAGUUACAUCUGAUGAACAUGAAAUUGUACCCAAGUAA